AUGAAAGAUGAACUUGAAGUUCACAUGAACUACGCCAGAAAAGGCGAACAUGAUCCGAAGGCGGAACAAAAUAACCAACAUUUCAAAGCGUUGCUUCAGGUUCACUUUCACCGGAUGCCAUUCAAGGCAAUUCCAAAGAAGUUGACAAAAAUAUCCAACUACUACCCGGCAAAAGGGGGGCUGUCUGAAUACUACAGCCCGCAUAUGAUUAUGCAUCAGCGAAUGGUUGAUGCCUCUAAAGAAUUUGUUGCCAAGAUUGGUGCAUAUGUCCAUGGCUAUGGACAUGAUACCAAGAACAAUAUGGCUGCUCAAACGAUCAAGGGUGUUUACAUGGGACCCACUGACGACAUUCAAGAAGGGCACCGUAUUUAUGAUCUGAAUACGAAGUGCAAGGCACGACGUGCAAAGAUCAAAGUCCUUCCAAUGACUGAUCAAGUCAUCAAAAUCAUUGAAGAACACGCAAGAUUGGAAGGAGUGACGGAACUACGCACCUAUUCCAAGCGCAAUGGCGAGCUAAUCCUCGAUGGUGAUUUGCUCGAAGGAGUGGACCCAGAUGAACUGUGGGAUGAAAACUACAUGCCAGUAAACGAAAUUGAAAGACUGAACAAUGUAACCCUCCGAAAUGAAAAUAUUCCAGAUGACGAAGUUGAUGAAUUACUAAUGGAUGCUGAAGCAGACAUAAUAGAAGUGAGGUUCGACAAGGACAGGAACCCAAGAUACGAUAGCGAAGCAAAUCAAUAUGAAGAUGAGCUAGAGGAUGAGAUGUUCGAUAGAAUGUUCAAGAAGAUCAAGGCUAGACAAGAUGCUGAAGAUAUGAUGGAUGAAGACUAUGAAGAGCACCAAUGGAUAAAUAGCAAUGAGGACAUAGACUAUGAAAACAACUACGAGUCCGAAUUAGACGAUGACGAAGCCAAACAGAUGCUAGACGAACUGGCAGCUGAAUUAGUGGAACUUGGGAAACCUGACAAAGAAGAAAUUCUAUUCGACUUGUUUGAAGAAGAAGAAGAAGAUGAUGAUGACGAUAAUACACACGAAGAUGUGGAAGUUGAUUCGGGAGAGGAAGAUAGGGUUGCUCGCGCAGGAGUGAGAUUCGCGGACACAGAUGAUAAUGAGUCCGACACUGAAGGAAUUGUAAGAAGUUACAGUGACAACGGUGUAGAGAUUGGAGCGAAAAGAGUACUUCGUCCAAGACACAAUCGAUCCUAA